AUGUCAAGGAGAAGCAGGAAACCACCAUUACAGGAUGCCAUAGAACAUGCUGUCAAGGCCCUUGACAAGACAGCAGCCUUGGAAGUGCGAUACAUUAACUCUUUUAAAGGGCGAGGGGUGUUUGCCAAGGCCCAUUUCAGAAAAGGAGACUUUGUGGUGGAGUACAGAGGGGAACUAAUACAUUCAGAAGAAUCUCUAAGGCGGAGGAGGGCAUAUCACAGUAGAUGUGUUGUUUUCAUGUUUGACUUCUACUGGCAAGAAAAAACAUGGUGUGUUGAUGCAGCUCGAGAAGAUGACAGCCUUGGACGACUCGUUAAUGAUGACCAUGAGAAUCCAAACUGCAAAAUGAAGAGGGUCAUAAAUGAGGGCAAACCACACCUCUGUCUAUUUGCUUUAAGGGACAUUAAUGCAGGAGAAGAGAUAUCGUAUGACUAUGGUGGAACUGAUUGGCCAUGGAGGAAACAGAUCUUGGUUACAGAGAGUCGGGUCACAUCUAAUGUCUCAUCUAAUGAGAGGCAGGAGAAUGUGACAACAGAGCCAGAUGUGAUUCAUAGUGAUGCAGCAACCCCGGAAGGGCACCAUGACACCUCCACAAGCCGGUCAUUGCAAGUCACUGCCAAAAAGGGGAAAAGAGCAGGUCAUCAACCUUUCAAGAGAAGGAUGUGGGAGAAACAGGAGAUCCUUGCUGUCGAGAAGCACAUGAUGUCCUUCAUCACUUCAUGCCGUGUUCCAGGGAAAAGUGAUUGUGAUAAGUGCCUUGAACUGGAGAAAGUAGCACUUAAAAACAGAAAUUGGCUGGGCAUUAAAUUUUACAUUAAGAAUCGGAUCACAGCUCUCAAGAACAAAGUCUGA